AUGCUGGCAUGUUCGAAAUGCGGAGGCUUGGUCCACGCAGGAUUCAACAGGUCUGUCAACCCGGUUUCACUUGCUUUUACCACACCAUUAUCUGAUGCCUCUGCUGGCACUUGGGCUUGUCGUCUUUGCACUUCCAUAGAGGCCAAUAAUGUUGACCUGGGAUCAGAAGCAGCCAAAACAAGUCAACUACAAUCAGUCCAGGUUUCCGCCGCCUUCCGAUAUCUUACUUACGAACUGGCCUGUCUUGGCAUCCAGACACGCCUGGGGGUCUCCCAAUUGGCAUAA